AUGUAUGGUGCUGGUGGGUUGCCCACGCCGACGUUGCAGAACCAGGAGUGGAAUAAUGAAUGGGAUAAGAAGAGUCCUGUUAGCCCUGGGCCGGCACCUUACUCCAACGCAUCGAAGGAGACUGGUGGUAUCGUCGUCAAAGAGACGCAGAACGCCGUCGAAGAGGUACCUACGAGCCGUUCGCGUCGUUGGUGGCUGGCGCUCGUCUGGCUAUGCACCUGGCUCAUUCCCUCCUUCACACUCAGGUACAUCGGCCGAAUGAAGCGACCUGACAUCCGACUAGCUUGGCGAGAAAAAGUGACCAUCUUCUGGCUCAUCUUCAUCCUCAACGCCAUCGUCGUCUUUUACAUCAUCGAGUUUGGCCGUCUGCUCUGUCCCAACUUUGAUAAAGCCUGGACGUCGAACGAGGUGGCUGAACAUCAAGGGGUAACGGAUUAUUGGGUCUCAGUGCAAGGCUCCGUGUACGACUUGACCAACUUUAUUCAUGGCGAUCAUAGUGAUAUACCGAAUGAGGCGAGCAAUGAUCCGGAUACAUUGUCGACGCUCGCAGGGCAGGAUUUGACGUAUUUCUUUCCCCCGCCUUUGGUCAUUGCGUGCCCGCAGCUCGUGACGGAUAACACGAUGUCGAUCACCCCCAAGAACUUUUCGGAUUUUACGCCGCUUGCUAUGCAUGUUUCGGGUCAUUUGCAGACGCAGACUACGGCGCUGUCUAAUGCGAAUUGGUAUAGCCAGAAGUUCUUCCCCAGGAUGAAGACGUUUAAGAAGGGUCCGCUAGUUUUUGAGAAGAAAGUGAUUGCUGCUAUGGCUGCUGAUACGACUAUUGCAAAGUACGUGGUAUGGGGUGUAUAUGAGAAACAGCUCUUUGACCUGACGGACUACGUGAACACCCUCAACAUCAACCAAAACACGGGCUCGUACGCUUUCCUUGAUACCGGCCUCGUCAGCGUGUUCAGGCAACAGUCUGGGCAAGAUAUUACCAAGCCCCUUAAUGUCGUGUUAAACUCUAUGACGGCUGCGAACCGCCAACUCCAUAUGGUGUGCUUGAAUAACGCAUUUUUGGCUGGAGAGGUGGAUUUUAGGAAGUCAGCGAGGUGUCAAGUCCAGAAUUACUUUUUGAUUGCUGCUUCGGUUGUUCUUAUGACGUCUAUGGUUUUGAAAUUCUUGGCUGCCCUUCAGCUGGGAAGCAAACGCCAGCCAGAGUUGCAGGACAAGUUUGUUAUCUGUCAAGUGCCUUGUUAUACUGAAGGCGAAGAUUCACUUCGUCGGACUAUCGAUUCGCUGGCUGCGUUGAACUAUGACGAUAAGAGGAAGCUCAUAUUCAUUAUUUGUGAUGGCAAUAUCAUCGGAAGUGGGAAUGACAGGACGACUCCUCGAAUUGUGCUGGAUAUCCUUGGGGUUGACCCACAGCUGGAUCCUGAACCGUUGUUGUUCAAGUCUGUUGGGGAAGGAUCGAAGGCGUUGAAUUAUGGAAAGAUUUACUCUGGGUUGUAUGAGUUUGAGGGGCAUGUCGUUCCGUACAUGGUGGUGGUCAAGGUGGGCAAGCCCACUGAGCGUUCAAAGCCUGGCAAUCGUGGAAAGCGAGACAGUCAAAUUCUGUUGCUGCACUAUCUGAACAGAGUGCACUUUGAUGCGGCCAUGUCGCCUUUGGAGCUUGAGAUUUACCAUCAGAUGAGGAAUGUUAUUGGUAUCGAUCCUGCGUUCUACGAGUACAUCUUUACUGUGGAUGCGGACACGACUGUAAAGCCUGACUCUCUCAAUCGUCUGGUAGCCUCAAGCGCAGAUGAUUCUGCCAUCAUCGGUAUUUGUGGGGAGACCAAGCUCGAAAACGAACAGACGUCCUGGUGGACGAUGAUCCAAGUCUACGAGUACUACAUCUCCCACCACCUGUCCAAAGCCUUCGAGAGCUUGUUCGGCUCCGUCACCUGUUUGCCCGGUUGUUUCUCCCUCUACCGCAUCCGUACCGCAGACAAAGGUCGUCCGAUCAUCAUCUCCAAUCGAAUCAUCGAAGAGUAUUCCGAACCAAACGUUGAUACCCUGCACAAGAAGAAUCUGUUCUCCCUUGGAGAAGAUCGAUUCUUGACCACUCUCCUUAUGAAGCAUUUCCCGACUUUUAAAACCAAGUUUUGCCCGGAUGCGGUUGCGCACACUGUGGCGCCCGAGUCUUGGCGUAUUCUUUUCUCUCAGCGCCGUCGGUGGAUCAAUUCGACUGUUCAUAAUCUUUGUGAAUUGGUGAUCCUCCCCGAGUUGAUUGGUUUUUGCUGUUUCUCUAUGCGCUUCUUUGUCUUUAUUGAUCUUUUGGGUACUCUGAUCUUGCCGGCUACCGUUGCUUAUUUGGUCUACUUGAUCGUAGUUGUUGCAAUCGGAGCUUCUGCUCUCCCUCAGAUUGCCCUCAUCAUGCUUGGUGUCACUUACGGCUUACAGGCACGUCUCUUUGCCUUGGUCUUCAUCAUUAAGCGAGAGUUCAUGCUUGUGGGUUGGAUGAUCGUUUAUCUUCUUUCAUACCCGGUGUACAGCUUCUUCUUGCCCGUCUACUCUUUCUGGUGUAUGGACGAGUUCAGUUGGGGUAACACCCGUUUGGUCGUUGGUGAAGGCAAGGAAAAGAAGGUGCUCAUGAACGAUGAGGAGAAGUUUGACGAUUCCAUGAUUCCUCUCAAGAAGUUCAGUGAAUAUGAGGCUGAGGCUUGGGAC